AUGUAAGGUUAGUAAUUGCACAACAGAAAUGUAGAAGAAAACUCGGAUAGUGGUAUAAAUAGCAAUGGAGCAAAAAAAAACAUUAAAAAUAGAAAUUUCGGAGAUCAAUAGGCAGAUGAAGUCAAAAUUCUGACUUACAAUGUCUUUAUGAGACCUCCUUUAAUUAAGAAUAACGAAGACGAUUUUAAAAAUGAGAGAUGCGAUCUUAUAAUAAAAAAUGAAAUAGAGAAAUUUGAUAUUUUAUGCUUUUAAGAGCUUUUCAGAUUAUUUAGCUACCGUAGAUAUAAAAUGGCAUAUUCAACUGUAAAGUAAGGGUUUCUACAUCACGUGAGCUCUCCUUAACCUAAACUAUUCGGAGAUUACUUGGUUGAUGGAGGAUUGACUAUUCUUAGUAGAUACCCUAUUGUUUAAUCGUGUUUUAAACCUUUUGUUUAUAGCAUUUUGGCAGACAGCUUUUAAGAAAAAGGAGUUUUGUAUGCAAAAAUAAAAGUAAAUGACAAGCAUAUGCAUGUAUUUAACACCCACACAUAAGCAACUUACAACACAAAUGAGAAGGAAAUUAAAUGGACAGUUGUAGUUAGAUUGGAAUAAAUUGUUGAGUCAAGAAGAAUCCUAGAAGAAUGUCUUAAAUAAUAUGGAUUUGAAAGAGGAGAUAUUUGUAUUUUUGCUGGUGAUUUUAAUGUAGACUCAAAUCAUCCAGUUCACCCAAUAGAUUUUUUAGAUAAGUAAGAUAAGUUAAAAAGUGUUUUAGGAAUAGGCGAUGAUUAAGAAUCGAUUGAUGAAUAUAAAUUACUUGUAGACACUCUUUCUGGUAAAGGAAAAGAUGUAGUCAUAGAUAUAGGAAGAAUAGCAAAUGAUGGUAAACCUCCAAUUACAUUUGCUGAUGUAUAUAAAGAUUCUAAUGGAUAAAUACAACCAUUAGAAACAGCUUUAACACAUAAAUCUGAUUUAAAGAGUCAGCAGUCUUUAGAUUAUAUUUUUUAAAUUAUUCCAAACGGAUUAAUGGUUGACAAUUAACUUGAUAAUUUAAACAAUAAAAACAAUAAAAUCCAUAAUUAAAUCAAUCAAACAUCCAAAGGAGGUUAUACAACAUAAUCUAGCUCUAAUAAUUUAGUAAAAAAUGCUUAGAAAAACCUUAAUGACAAGAAUUUUGUUGUAGAUUUCUCUAAAUCUAAGGUUGAGAAAUUCUUUGUUAAAGGUUAGAAGUUCACUUAGCUUUCAGAUCAUUAUGGAGUGUCUGCUACAAUAUCUUAUAAAUGA